CGCUCUUCAGUUUGACGACGGCGAAGAAGAAAAAGGAGUAAACAAACGAUGAACACGUCUCUCCGUUAGUGACUCAGGCUGGUUACUAACAGUCCGCUGAGCGGACUGACGUGUCGAGAAGCUGUUCUCGGUUGCUUUUCCACGCUGUCCGGCCUCAGAGCUCUAGCUGAGAGAAGAAGAGCGAUGCGAGAGGCGAGAAUAGUUGUAUUGUCCGGUGUCACCGGCUCUCCACCGCACCGGGACACCACACACUACCUGUGCUGCCAAUAAUUCUUCAUUUUUUAAUGGUCUUUUCAAAAUAACACAUACUUUCGGUCUAAAUUUAUUCACACUUCUUUACAACGAUGUUGACCGGAUCUAAAACAACCUUCAAAGUGAGGCAAAUGCUGCCAGACAUCAAGGAGAGGAUGCUGAGUCAGAGUGGGGUGAGCGCGAGGAGCCGAGAUGUUUUUGGACUCCGAUGUCUGCCUGCCUGCAAGAAUGUUUCCAGCUUCGUUGCACCCUGGGGAGGCAUUUAAAUGAGCCAGCCAAAAGCAACAGAUUGUCCUUGUGAACAUCCAGCAGAUGUUUUGUCAUUUCCAAGGCGAGUGUGUUCUCCAGAGGGCCGUCAUGGUGAGGAAAAAGCUGACAGCCAGUGAAGGGAGAGGGUGGCUGUCAGGGACUCUCUUCUGCACCCACUUUAGGGUCGCCUUCGUGCCGCAGGACAGUCCCAAACCUGAUGACAAUGUUGACCCAGUCCUUUUAGGGGACCAUGAUGUGGCUUUAGCGUCCAUAGAAAAGGUGGUGGUCGUGGGACCAAACAGGACCAAACUAGUGACCCCAAACUCUUCCCUCAAAUUCACCCCUGAAGAGCUGGUUCUGUACUGUCGAGACCUCCGUGUCAUCUGCUUCCUGUUUGACCGACUCACCCCAGACCCACAGGUUCUAGAGAUGACCUACACCAUCGCCAAGACCUACCAGCCUCUCAAACCCGGGUCAGUGUUGUCUUUCCAGAACGCCGCCCUUGGGAGUGUGGAAAUGAAGCAGUUUCUAAGCAACCGCCGCAGAGACUCCCACAUGAACUGGUUUGAGUCUUCCGCCGACUGGGAGCAGGAGCUGGAGCGCUGUGGGGCCGUCGGCUGGAGAGUCAGCUCAGUCAACGACCGCUUUGAAAUGUCCACCAGUCUUCCGAGGUUCAUCGUUGUUCCACAGAAGGUUCUGGACACUGAGCUGAAGAAAAGCUUUGCCCACUUCAACGAAGGACGCAUCCCUCGUUGGUGUUGGCGACACCCUCGAGGCAGUGAUCUCCUGCGUAUGUCCAGCUUCCAAAACAACAUCUACCACGAGAAGGAUGACAUCAGGAACCUGGAGCUCGUCCUGUUCGGUUGCCAGUCGUCUCUGUGUGUGGUGGUAGAACUGGGCGAGGAGCUGCCGUCACCGGCCGACAUCCAGCUGGCACACAGCCGCCUCCGAGCGCUGUGUCUAGGAGAUCUUUCCACGUCUGUGACGGUGCCGGAUGAUAAGUGGUUAUCUACCUUGGAGUCUACUCACUGGCUGGACUACACCAGGUCUUGUCUGAAGAAAGCAUCAGAGGUAGCCUGCCUUCUUCGCAGCGGUCACCUGACAGUGGCUCUGCAAGAGACGGAGGACCGGGACAUGAGCUGUGUGGUGUCCAGUCUGGUGCAGGUGAUGUGUGACCCCCACUGUCGCACCCAACAUGGCUUCCAGGGUCUGGUGCAGAAGGAGUGGGUGACGGCCGGCCAUCGCUUCUACAGUCGCAUCAACUACCACCGUGACAAUGACAAGGAGGAAGCUCCGAUCUUCCUGCUCUUCCUGGACUGUGUCUGGCAGCUGUGGUCUCAGUUUCCCUCUCGCUUCCAGCUGACGGUCGACUUCCUGUUGGCGCUUCAUGACAGCGUUCACCUGCCGCUCUUUUCCAGCUUCCUGUCCAACAGUCAGCGUGAGAGAUGCCGGCGCUCUCAGAGUCUCGGACAGUCCUACACCCCCAACAACGGUUGGAGAGGCAGCUUUAAUUCGGACUUGUCCUCAGAUCCCUCCGACCCGCCUCUGCCUCCGGUGUGGGACUGGGCCCUGCAGUACAGCAAGCAGAGACAGACCCAGUUCACCCAACCCGUGCCCCCAACCGCCACCCAGCAGCCCCUCCUCAAUGGAAACCUCAACACCAACCCCGACGCCCACCGACUGACCGACACGAUACCGGGCUCCGUGUUCCUCCUGUCGAGGGGAACUUUCUCUUGUCCUGCCAACCUGCUUCCCUGGCGCAGCACCAGCACGGGCGUGUACAAGAAGAGCCACAGGAGGGCGCCGUCCUCCGAGAGUGUGCCAGGUUUGGAGAGGCUGCUGAAAGCUUGGACUCUGUCGGAGACGCCCCACAUCCUCGCCUCCAGUCCAGGAACUCAAGGACCCCUAGACCCUUACGAGCCUUUGCUGCCUCUGCUCAUGGGUCCCUGCAUGGGCGUGUGGCGGGAGUGCUACCUGCGGGGGGCGCUUCAUGCUCAGGCCUUCUCUCAUCCCAUUUCUGCCAACCACCUUCACCCAGUGGAGCGUCUGGCCCGGGAGGUGCAGCAGCUGAAGGACAAACUAGCGCACAUCUCCACCAACACGGAUCCAGACCCGUCGGCUCAAACGCCCGAGCCACGGCAGACUGACUCCAACAUGAACCAGAACACCAACAACGGCACCUUCCUGUUCCCAGCAUCCAGGCCACCGAGCUCGACUGUCCCCAGAACUGCACCUACCUCCGUCAACCACCAGAGGCGCCCUCCUUCCACAGCCCCCGCCAGACCCGGGCACAGGGAACGCAGCGGCAGCAACAAGCACACUUUCCUGUUCGGACACGCGUCUGGCUCCGAGACCCAAACAGAGCCAAGGUAUUUCCCGGCGCCGAGAAACCUGAAGCAGCCGAAGAGCAACGGCUCUUCUGUCGUCUCCUGAAGACCCAAAGACCUGGUACCAGAACCUGAAACAUCACCACACAUAUCAGCACCCGGCUUUAAUAUUCACAGCCAGGAAGAACUCUCGUGCUAAAGUGUCAGUGUGACAGCUCCUCAGUCGCUCUGGAGGAUGAUCAGUGCCACAGCGAUGCACUGAAGAAGGGCCUCCAUUUUCCUUGUAUUAUUAGCUGGCUUAGUUCAAACUGUAGCACUAUUUAUCCUCCAUACACGUGAAAAUAUGACAAGCGACUUCAAUAAGAUGGAACCAUCAUCACACCAGCGCCUCUGCUGAACUCCACUUUUCAAAACCAUUCUAGAAACUUGAACCUAAACCUUUACUGAGAGCUCAAGUCCUGAGCAAGCAGUGAUUAAGACUGCACACGGCGAACUGCUCAAAGGUUCCACAGUAGUAAUAAUGACUCAAAAAUGGUGUCACAUUACUCCAGUGUGAUGAAUAAUAGUAUUAAAAUAGUAUUAAAUCUAUCUAUCUAUUAAAUCUCCUCGUGGUGCGUUCAGGAACCUUCCAAGUAUCGCUGUGUGAUCUUAGAAGCACGACUGUCAGCGGUUUAACACGUUAAGUGGAACGUUGGUCCUGUUGAGAAGCAGGUGAACCCACUGGUCAGCGCUAGUUUUCUGUUUGCUCCAUGAAAAAAUACAAGAAAUGUGUUUUCUAAUCCCAUUUUGCUGUUCAUCAUAUGGUGCUAAAUCAAUUUCAGAGAACAAAAAAAUGAAUCCAAUGUUUAUUAUACAGUAAAAUAAAGGGGCAUAACAUUUUCCUUUUUCCUUACUCUGUUCUGUUAUGAAUCCGUUCAUAAAAUUCUAUUGAGUAAAUGAUCAAUAAAUUCCAACAAACAAAAAAAUCAAUGCUCUCAAUAAAAACAAAUAUAUUUCGGUAAAAUAUUGCCUUUUAGUUUGGAUAAAUUGCUUUAAAUAAUCCAAAAAUCUUCCAUGAUUUUUUUGUGAUUUGAAUAAAUAUAAUCUGACACGUUUUUUUAUAAUAAUUUAUGAGGAUGUUUUUGGUAAUAAUUUUUGACUUAUUUAUAGUAAUAAUUUAAGCAUUUGCUUCAAUUCAAAGUUUGUUCAGAAAAAAAAUGUUUUUUUUUCUUGAGUGAGUGCAAUACACUUGUGUAAUAAUUUCAAGUAUUUAUGAAAGCACUGUAACCUGAGUCCGGAGAGUGAAGCAGCAGUGGAGUCUUGUUGGCCGGACUGUUCCGCAGCGUCUCUGCUGACUGGAGCGAGGAAUUUAGGACACAUGAGUUAUUUUGGUUCGGCCGCGUUAUCAGCCCACUUUCAUGCUCGAGCGCGUCAUCAGACCCAAAUUUGGCUCCGUAGGAUGAGACGGUGUCGGCGUGUGACGCUGAUGCUUCACUUCCUGCUGGACUCACAUGUGUUUGUGGAUUGUGUCACCAGGCAUCAGAUGUGUUGUUGAGUCACGCCAGUGCUCACAGACUCUCCUGCUUUAUUAGUAUGCAGCCAGUAUUCGGGUCAGAGCCGGACCAGGCCUGCAAGCCUCCCGCGUGUUUAGGGUAUCAAGUAGAUGCUCUGGGGUCUGGAGCACCAGUUCAGUCCUGGCCAGGUACCUCACCUCCCGGGAUGAGAACCUGUUCAUGUUUUUUAUUUGGUACAAACCUUCAUUUGCCAGAUGUAAAUAUACAUUUUUGUAUCUGCAUGUUUUGAGCCUGAUGAAUAAACCAGUCGGUUCAUAUGUGUGUUUAAAUUACCUCAUCGACGGAAAGGUCAAACACAAGUGGUUUUAUUUAAUAACAAAAUA